AAAGGAAAAGAAUAGAGCUACUGUACUAUACUAGCUAGCUGUCAUCAGUGUCUGUUACCUACAUGUGCGACCUCUGUGGAUGUCAACAUAAUAUAAUAAUGGUAAACAAACUAAACAAAUGGUUAAGCCCUACUUAUUAGUCAUGCACUACAAUACCACAACUAUCGUAUGUUGGUUUGCCGUUGGUUUCCCUUGAAUUUAUACACCGUCACGGAAACCGAUGUGGGAGGUAGAGAGUAGAGGAAGGGAGGAUUCAGAUGGCCGACCGUGCCGCCGCGGCAAACAACCACCACCAGACCACCACACCACGCAUCACGCAUCACGAGAUAGUUUUGCUACUUCGACUUUUUCAUGUUUGUGAAUGGUCUACUUAGUUUGUAGUUUGAAGGGAAGCUGAACUUUAUGAUCUACUGUUUUCAUAGAACUUGAAGUACAAAACCGCACGUAUAAUAAUAGUUGUUCUCAUUAUGGAUGAGAUUAAUGAGCCCACGUUGUCAUCAGAUGAUGGCAGAGAGAGCCUUGAUGACGAUGGCAACUGCAUCAUUAACUACGGCACAUUCAAUGAAAAGCAAGAAGAAAACAUGGAUGAGGAUGCCCCUCCCGCCCAUAAUAAGGAAACCAUUACAGAGGAAACCAAUGGUGAGGCCUUUUCAAAUGAUUCAAGCAAACAGUUACCCGUACCUGGAGACAGUAGCAAGACCAAGCACAGAUACAGAAAGCGUGGGGACUCUGGAGCAGCCUUGCUGAAGGCGACAAACAGGAGCACGCCUCAAGACACAAACAACUCUAAUAAAGAUACCACCAGGGACAACUCAGGAGACAAGGACAAGAAAAGGAGUGAUGAAGAGGAGUCGGAGAGAUCAGACAACGAAAAUGUAGUAGCUUAUGAGGCAAACGUUACCGUGGAAACUGUUAUCAGUGAGGAAGAGAACGAGAGAGACACAUCAACAGUAUCUGCUACGAGUGAUAAGACGGCAAAUGUAGACACUGAGCCAAGAUCGCAUCGGUCCUUAAGAGUCAUGAUCACUAACAGUGAAAAUGAAUCGGAUGCUUUGAUGAAAGUUGCAGAUGAAGAGAGGACUCAGAAAAUUGUGGUUCCCCCGGAGCAACUUGUCAUGGAAAGGCUAUGGAAGGAUAAAGAAGAAGCGAGACAGCGUUCAAGCUGUGACGAGACUGAUUGUGAGACUCGGAAACUGCGUGCCAACUCUAAGAAUGUUCACUUGCAUAAUAAUCAGAGCAUCAGUCGGCCGACGGAUUUGCAACGCCAUGUGUCGCUGUUCAGUGACCAAGCAAGUGACACUAACAGCACUCGAGACUGGGAGUGGAUAGAGGAACCAGACCAGUCAGAUGGAGCUGGCCUGCCCACUGUAAGUCUCACCAGAUCAUUUAAAAGCACCCACUUUGAGCCCAAAGGUUUCCGUGAAGUCGGCCGGAUGGUAUUCCUACCCAACCAGAAGCUGGAGGUGACUGUGGUGGACUGUGGAAGGUCAUCCUCGUCACAGUUUCUCAAUCCAAACAUAUACUACAUUGAUGUGAACCACGGUGCGUGCGUGUGGACCAUACAAAGGAGGAGCAAUGAUUUCCUGAGGCUUCAUGAGGAGAUGUUGCUGUAUAAAGCUCGUCUGCAUCUUCCCAUCGGUGACAAGAGUCAUCUGGAAAGGUGGCGUACAUUCAGAGCGAUUCGAGAUCACGAUAUUGCUCAUUUUCCGAGGACACCUGAUGCACUGGUCAGAGCCCCACAGCUACCCAAAAGAAUGCAUCAGUAUGAAGUUUACUUGAAAAGCUUAGUCAGAAACCCACUGUUCCGCAAUCAUCCACAAAUGCUUGAGUUCCUAGAAGUAAGUCAUCUGUCGUUUGUUGAUGAGCUAGGACCCAAAGGAAAGGAAGGUUGGGUGCAGAAGCGGUCUGGAGGAAGACGCGUUCCCAUCACAAGGUGUUGCCCAUGUCUGGUCUGCAAGCACUGCACAACAGUAGCAGCGCACUACAGUAAAAGGUGGUUGAUAACAAAGGAUUCCUUUGUUGCGUAUGUGAGACCGAGGGACGGUCAUGUCCGUGCCGUCAUGCUAGCAGAUCAAGACUUUGACGUUCAAUGGGGAGUCGAGAAAACCGGAGUGAAUAAAGGAAUCACAAUCUCUAAUCAGUACAGGAAGCUACUAGUGAAGUGUGACAUGGUGCCGAUGGCUCGACAGUGGAUGGUUGAAAUCAUGGAGAUGAUAUCCCAGUCUGAAUACAAAGACAUUCAUCGAUUCAAUGCCUUUGGGCCGGAGAGGCCGGAUACCUACGCCAGAUGGUUUGUCGAUGGCUCCAAGUAUUUUGAAGCUCUAGCAGACGCCCUGGAGGAAGCUGAACAAGAGAUCUUCAUCACUGAUUGGUGGCUGAAUGCUGAGAUUUAUCUCAAACGACCGGCCAUGGAGGGUCCGUGGUGGAGACUCGAUUACAUUCUCAAGAGGAAAGCGGCCGAAGGCGUGAAGAUUUUUGUCCUUCUAUACAAGGAGUUGGAGGUUGCCCUUGACUUAGGCAGCAAACACACCAAGCACGUACUCACAAACCUGCACCCCAACAUUAAGGUGAUGAGACACCCCGACCACAACCCUGGUCAGGUUUUCUUGUGGGCCCACCAUGAGAAGCUAGUGGCCAUAGACCAGAAGGUAGCGUUUGUAGGAGGGCUGGAUAUAUGCUAUGGACGCUGGGAUGAUUUCAAGCAUCGACUCACUGAUGUAGGCUCAGCUCUUGUCCAUAACAAAGACUCAUCCUUGCAAAGACCCUUGCCGCCACCAUCACCAAUGACACCCCCGUUCAGUCCCGACAAAAUGGACGAGGAGUCCGGUGGUUACUUCAAGAGACCCAGACUGAAGAGCGCCACCGUGUACCUCAUGAACCCCAUCCGGAGGUUACUCCAUGAGGAGGUUAACACGGACGUGGCGGACAAUCUGGAUAAGCUGGGAUUACCUGGAAACCCUAAGCUCUGGAUCGGGAAGGAUUACUGUAACUUCAUCGCAAAGGAUGUACUGGCACCAGCGGAAUCUCUCCAAGAUGGUGUUGACCGCAUGAAUACACCGCGCAUGCCCUGGCAUGACAUAGGCACCGCCGUGUACGGUAAAGCAGCAACUGACGUGGCAAGACACUUCAUCCAAAGGUGGAAUUUCACCAAGAAGCAGAAAGCAGAGAAGCUGACCCAUUACCCGUUGUUACUUCCUAAAUCCACAUCUUCCAUUGACGUCAAACAAAAGCAUAAAGAUGAAUUCACUCCUUGUAAAUGUCAGUUACUGCGGUCUGCCAGUAAGUGGUCAGUUGGUAUACAUCGCACUGAGGACUCCAUUCAUCAAGCUUACAUCAAUCUCAUCACUCGGGCCAAGCAUUAUAUCUACAUUGAGAACCAGUUCUUCAUAACCAUUGACUGUGAUACUAGCGUUACAAACGGCAUCGCUAAAGCUCUUUAUGAUCGCAUCCUCAGAGCUCAUGACUAUAGUCAGACAUUUCGAGUGUACGUGUUCCUGCCGCUUCUACCAGCGUUCCAAGGAGAUGUAGGCGAGGCGGGUAGUGGUGCUAUUCAUGCCAUACUCCACUGGGAGUACAAGUCAAUAUGCCGGGGUCACAACUCAUUGAUUGGACGUCUGAAGGAUGCUGGAAUCCCUGACCCACAGCAGUACAUCACCUUCUACGGCCUACGUACUCAUGACUCCCUCGGGGGUGAACUGGUGACCGAGUUAGUCUACAUCCACUCCAAGCUGAUGAUAGUGGAUGACCGUAGUAUCAUCUGUGGGUCGGCUAACAUCAACGAUCGUAGCAUGCUGGGCAAACGAGAUAGUGAACUGGCCGUGCUGAUCGAAGACACAGAGAUGAUACCAAGUCGGAUGAAUGGUGAAGAGUACAUGGCAGGCAAGCUGGGGUAUGGACUACGAGAAUGGCUGUUCAAGGAGCAUCUUGGAGUCCUUAGUGGCAAAGGGGAUAUAGACAUGACAGACCCUGUGUGUGACGCCUUCUACCAGGGGGUCGUUAUGAACACUGCUACAAAAAACACCGAUAUCUAUGAGAAGGUGUUCCGUUGUUUGCCCUCUGACAAAGUCACCUCCAGUGCCGCUUUACACGAGUAUAAGAAAGUGCCGCCACUGGCCAAGAAGAACCCUGCUGCAGCCUCAAGACAACUCAAAGGGAUCCGUGGCUUCAUCACCUGGAUACCACUAGACUUUCUUAAAAACGAAAAUCUGGAACCGCAUUUUAUGGAGAAGGAAGGAAUUGCACCAUCAAAGCUGUGGACAUAAAGGCUAUGAUGUUGCCAGAGAACACGUAAGAGUUUUUCUUGUUGCCUAAAAUGAAAGAUUUAUAAAUUGACCAUAGACUGUUCAAGUCUCGCUUGUUUUUGAGCUGGUCAAGAUAUUCUCUUCUGUGUAUGAUUUCCAAUUUGUUUUGGCCUUGGAAAAAUCUGGAAAAAAUGUUAUGAAGUAGCCCGAAAAGUCUCUAUGUUGAAAAAGUUUAUAAGAAGUACAUGUGUAGGCCAGCCCUUGUACUCGAUAAAAUGCUCCUACUUUUUUCCAGGAACCAAAUAUUUAUGCCUGAUUUGAACAUUGGGACCCGUAAGAGAGUGCGAAUUUGUUUCUUCAAAGGAAUGUGGUCAAAGUGGGACCAAAAAUGUUGAAUACAAGCAAGACUUGCACAGUGUAUGGGUUAAGAGGGCUACAUUGCGCAGUCAAUUUCCCUUAUUUGAUGUUUACACGCCUGCCUUAAUUUUUAGUCGUGCAAUUUGAGUCCCAAAAUAGCAGCUUGAAAGACAAUGGCCUCGGGUGACGCUGUUACAAGAGGUCAGUAUUAACAGUAACUUUAACAACUCAAUACUUUUUCUCUGAACUCAUGGUAUGUGUAUUGGAUGGCCCAGCAAAACCCAGUGUUAAUAAAGAAUAAUUUAACCAUCUCUUUAAAUAAAACUAAAUUGGUUAUGUAAACAUAAUAUUUAUAGUUUUAUUGUCCAAAAAUGAAUCUGAGAGCAUACACUAUUUAUUACUGUUCUUUUUUUAUAUAUUUCAAAAAUGUGACCCUCUUUUGAACUGAAAUUUUCACAUGUUAGUUUUAUUGUAUGUGUCUGCAUUUAGAAACAAUCAAGCCUAACGAAUACUCUGCAUUUAGAAAUAAUCAAGCCUAAUGAAUACUCUGCAUUUAGAAACAAUCAAGCCUAAUGAAUACCUCGCCUUCAAGUCACUCACUGACACUUUCUCCGUGAACCAAGACUAGCAAUCUGUGGAGUUUUUAUUGAAAUAUUUGUUGUCAUUCCUUGAAGUGUUUUUUUCUUAGCCAAUGCAGCAAGAUUUAUUUUAUGAUAAAUAAGUUGUUUCAGUACUUAAAAGCACAAAUAUUUGAUCAACUUUUACCUGAUGACUUUGUAAAGACUGAUUUUUAUCGCAAAUGAUUUGAUCUAUUUUGUUAUUUGAUCAUAUAUUGUACAGAUGAUGUUGACAUUGUUGGAAACAGAAAACAAGGUGCUUUUUAAAUGUGAUGAUAUCACAGCAAUUCUUUUAAGCAAAUCGUACUAAACUAACUCCUGUAACCUUUAGAAAUACAACAAAAUUGUGUGUAGUUUUUUACAUUGAUGAUGGCUUCCAUUUUUACAUAGUUUAUAUUUAAAUAAUUGUUGAGGUUGAACACAGAAUUGACUAGAGUGGGAUUCAAACCAAUGACCUCCGGAUUAAUUU